GGGGGGGGGGGGGGGGCUUUUAUUGCUGCACUUAUUAGGCUAUCGUUAGUUUUGUCGUAUAAUGACCCUAAUAUAAUACUGUCAAGAAUAGCCACUGGCUGCUAAUGUUCCCAUAUGCACGGGAAUAACCGGUAUAACGGUAUCUAGCACAUGUUGUAACGGUAUCAAAUGGUUACAGAUUAGCUGCAGCGCCGGGCCGCCACGCCUCCCGACUCAGCACCUGCAUUCCACAGCCCGAUAGUUUCCUGAGCAGAGCGGAUUUUCAGACAGGAUUAGACAGAAAAAAACUAAUGUGGGUGAAGAAGAGAAUGUGACAACUGCCGAGUGUGUGUCUACUGCCUUGGGGAGGCCCUGGCACUUGCACCUGCCCCUCUCCGUCUCCGCGGCCAGGCGCAGUUGUCGAACUGGGAGAGCUGAGAGAGCAGAGCGACGCACUGUAUACUUGUCAGGCAGAGCAGAGAGGAGAGCACGGAUCCUCAGCCUGUACACGGAGGGACACAGAGCCAGGGCAAAAUGACUUCAUCCUACAAUCUGGAUUUCCUGCCCGAUAUGAUGGUGGAGAGCCGCUUGCUGGUUCCGGGCGAUAGAAUUAACGGCACGGCUGGGAAGAUGAACGGUGCGUUGGAGCAUUCGGACCAGCCCGACCCAGACGCCAUCAAGAUGUUCGUGGGCCAGAUCCCUCGCUCCUGGUCAGAGAAGGAGCUGAAGGAGCUGUUUGAGCCCUACGGCGCCGUCUAUCAGAUCAACAUCCUCCGAGACCGCAGCCAGAACCCUCCACAGAGCAAAGGGUGCUGUUUUGUCACGUUUUACACACGGAAAGCUGCCCUUGAAGCCCAGAAUGCACUGCAUAACAUAAAGACCUUAACAGGGAUGCACCAUCCCAUUCAGAUGAAGCCUGCAGACAGUGAGAAAUCAAACGCGGUGGAGGACAGGAAGCUGUUCAUCGGCAUGGUGUCGAAGAAAUGCAAUGAGAACGACAUCCGAGUCAUGUUCUCUGCGUUCGGACAGAUCGAGGAGUGCCGGAUCCUGCGAGGGCCCGACGGACUCAGCAGAGGCCUCAGCCAGCGGGAAGCCAACGUUAAGGGAUGUGCGUUUGUCACCUUUUCUACAAGGGCUAUGGCACAGAAUGCAAUCAAAGCCAUGCACCAGUCUCAGACUAUGGAGGGCUGCUCGUCUCCCAUCGUGGUGAAGUUUGCCGACACGCAGAAGGACAAGGAGCAGCGACGCCUGCAGCAGCAGCUGGCUCAGCAGAUGCAGCAGCUCAACAACGCCACCACCUGGGGGAGUCUGACAGGGCUGGGCGGCCUCACCCCGCAGUAUCUGGCUGUAAGAGGACACGCCGCAUCGCCCACCCCUUACUGCAGCCCCGCAGCCAACGCAUCCGUCGCCGCCGCAUUGCUCCAACAGGCCACCUCCUCCAGUAACCUUGGAGCCUUCAGUGGGAUCCAACAGAUGGCAGGUAUGAGUGCUCUGCAGUUGCAGAACCUGGCCACUUUAGCAGCGGCAGCAGCGGCGGCCCAAAACUCAGCCGGCCCCAACGCAAACCCCCUGUCCUCCAACGCGGCCUCCCUCGGAGCGCUGGCCAGCCCAGCGGGCACCACAGCCAACUCCUCGGGCAUGAACUCUCUGACCUCUCUGGGCACUCUGCAGGGCCUGGCUGGCGCCACCAUGGGUCUGAACAACAUUAAUGCACUAGCAGGUAGCGUCAACAUUGCUCACAUGCUCUCAGGUAUGGCGGCCCUGAACGGAGGCCUGGGCGGCGCGGGGCUGACCAACGGCACGGCGGGCACCAUGGACGCGCUCACACAGGCCUACUCAGGGAUCCAGCAGUAUGCAGCCGCAGCCCUGCCCACCCUCUACAGCCAGUCCCUGCUGCAGCAGCAAGGUGCCGCCGGCAGCCAGAAAGAGGGGCCUGAAGGUGCCAACCUGUUCAUCUACCACCUGCCCCAGGAGUUUGGGGACCAGGACAUCCUGCAGAUGUUCAUGCCUUUUGGAAAUGUGGUCUCUGCCAAAGUCUUCAUUGACAAACAGACAAACCUGAGCAAGUGCUUCGGCUUCGUCAGCUAUGACAAUCCUGUGUCGGCGCAGGCAGCCAUCCAGGCCAUGAAUGGCUUCCAGAUCGGCAUGAAGAGGCUGAAGGUGCAGCUCAAGCGCUCCAAGAACGACAGCAAACCAUACUGAUCUUAGCACUAGGGCCUAUCUGCUCCCAUGUUACCACUGCUAGGAACCCAUCUCCAUGCCUGUUAGCUCAUCGUUUGCCUAGCAUGUCUCUGUGGCGUGGCGUCCAAAAACCCAAAAAAUACAAAAAGUCUCAUCGUCCCGUCAUUGUUUUCUGAUGUCUUUUCUGAGCUCACCUGAUCAUAACCUGGUCUCCGCCUACUGACCUUUUGAACUUAGCGUGACCUUUUUGGACUUUUUUUGCAUGUGACCUCAUUUUGUUAUAUUUUGGGGAGGUGGGGUAAAUGGGGUACAUUGUGCAUGAAGGAGGGCGGGAGGGAGGAGGGGGGGGGGGGGGGGGGGGGAGCGAAUCAAUGUGAAGAAGUAUAGCAUCAUUCAUACAAAAAGACUGAACUCUUACAGACAAAAACAAAACGUUUCUUUUUAAAAACAGAACAACCCUGUGGCAAAAUGAUUUCCAUUAGAUUUAUUUAGUUAGGUUUAGUUUCCUUCUUUUAUGUUGGGUUUCGUUUUUUGUUCCUUUUUUCAUUUAAAGUAAACUUGAAAGUUCAGCACAGGGAUUGGCAUGCUGUCUUGUUUCUGGCUCCACUGGCAAUAUGAGGCCAGAAGCAGACACUGUCGGUGUCCAUGAAAAAUAGACUACUUCCAAACAGUUCUGAAUAAAAACUGUCUGAUCAAUAUUAGACUCUCUCAGAGCUCUGUAAUUGUUUUUACAUUUUUCAGGCAGUGUAAAGUUUUUUGAUAAGGCCAUUUUAAGUGGCUCUGUUUCUCAUUAAAGUAUAUAUAGAACCACUUUUUUCUAGAGUAGUUUAAGGUAUUACAAAAAUGUCAACAAAAAAAGACUUGCCCUGUUUGGGGGGAGAAAUGCUACCUACGUGUCACCUUUUGCUGAACUGACUCACAGAUAGACAAUCCGUGGUUUAAAUGCACAUGAUAAAGAAAUGACCUAUAUUUUCUACUGUUUAAAUUAUAGAGCGAAAAAAAAAGAAGAAAUGACCUGUAACCCGCGUUAACGUUGGUGCUUCUUGUGAGUUUAGUUUUGGUUUCAUUACAAGUCUAACGGUCUUAAGUGUCUCAUGUUUUAAAAGAGAAGACUAAAAAAAAAAUCUGUUUACAUGAACAAUAGACAAAGCCUUUCAUAUGAAUACUAUUAUAAUUGUUCAUUUUGUCUUUUUUAUUUUAAGCAGUCCCAAUUUGCAAAAUUUCUUGUUGGGUAAUUAGCUAUAUAAAAUUUAAAAAAAAUAUAUAUAUAUAUGAAUAUAUAAAUAUAUAUAUAUAUAUAUAACAUGUCGGCUUGUGAAGCAUCAAUGUUAAUAUCAUUUUAUUUCUAUCGUGGGAAACAAUAUUUAGAUGUGUUUUGUUGUUCAUUAUAAAUGUCAUUUUCUUUUCUUAUAAAGAAAAAAAAGACAAGAUUGGUGGAGUUUAGUGCCAAAACUUGAAGGUACAUUCUGUCUAUAGCGCGUCAGUGUAUUUCUGGUCAAAUGAUUUGAUAACAUGGGUAUUUUAUUAAGUGUUUUGUAUGGAUCCCUCAUAUGUAAAAAUAUAGAUUUAAAAAAAGAGUUUGUUAACUUGCUAUUCUGUGGUCUUGUUGCCUGAAACUGUUCAUGUUUAGCUUUUUUUUUGUAAAGAUGUAAAAAGUGCCCAUGUGUCAUAUAUAUUAUAUAUAUAUAUAUAUAUACACACACACCCACUCGCACGUACACACACUCAAGCAGACCUCACAGUUGACUUUACUUUGUUGUUGUGAUUGAGAGCCCCUGAGUGUGUACGCCUCUACAGUCCAGUUUCCAUGUUCCUGCCCACCAGUCUUUACAUUACUGUUCACACGCUCUCUCUAUCAACAUGUCACUCACACAGACAGUUCUCACAUGAGCCAUUAUACCGAGCAUUCUUCAAAGCCUUAUCACAAGCCUUUACAUGAACACUCACAUGAACACACAUUCUCGCCAAACACUCUCGCUUCAUCCUUUCGCUUUGACAAAUUGCAAGCCUUAUUUUAAGCUUCAUCUCUCUCAUUAUAACCUAAAUCAAGGACAAGUGUUUAGUUGAAGUUGCUACAGACUGGGAAGGGGCAUCAUUAUUUGCUGGUCAUGUAUGUGUCACCUCAAACAACAUGAAUGCGUUGCUUUCAUAAGGUAAGUGAAGGGCAAGACUUUCCCACACAAGCCUCAAACCCUCCCCAGACCCAGACAAAACAACGUUGAUAGUACAGAAUGAUUUUCAGCUGUUUGGUUUUGUUGUUUCUUCAGUUGACAGUUUCUUAUGGACAUGUACCAGUAUUGGUAAUUACACCAUUAUUACAGAAAUAUGUUUGCCCUGUUGUAAAUGUUGUGUAAUGUAGUGUAACUGGCCAAAACAGUGUUGAGAUGCCAAAGUAUUACGUCAAGAUUCUCAUAGUCAAUCCGUUUACAUGACACAAUGCUGUCUGUCCGUCAGUCUCAGUAUUCUGUAAAACUGCCCCGAUUCCCUUCCCUGGAAACCUAGUUUACGGUCUGCAAAACGCAGCACUAUUUUAUACAAAAACUCACCAGUCGCCUUAACCAGGGAGUGUUGUAUCGAAAGACUUGUCUAAUCGGAUCUAAAAAUCUGUAUGUAAGUAGGUGGUGUUUGCCAAGUCUAAGUGUACUGUAUUGUACUGUACCUCCAGCUUCUCCAACUCUGGGUAAGCGUGUCACCAUUUUGUCCCACAACGCAGAGUAGAGAGGCAAAAUGGCCACCUUCUUCUUUAAGUGUGGCUCUCAAACUGACAACCAAGGGAAAAUAAGUUACUGUUAUCUGUUCCAUCGUCUUUUUACAGAAUAACAAGGUUUAUUUGAAAUACCGAGCCAAAUGGAGGAGGGUUUGUAAAGUGCAGACAGGGGAAAUAAAAUGAGAUGAAAGGGUAACUAUCUUGUUCAGUUCUUGGACAGCAAAACAACCGUCUCGGCCAAGAGGCAGAGCCUUUACCAUGUCAGAUGACCAAGUCAAUGCCAAACUUCAGUUGAGUCCAUAGCAUAUCAAAUUGACAUUUCCUAAAGCAGUAAGCAUGAGUAAUGCCAUAAAAACCGCUCUAACUACCUGCAUAAAAGUAAUCAGGAUUGCCAAUAUGUCAUACUACACAUAUAUCAAUGUUAAUAGAUCAUUUUGUCAUUAACGUGAGCUGAUUGUAGACUCCUUAUAAGACAGCUGCCCUAUUAGGCCUCAGACCCUUCAGGAAUCCUCUCUGUGAGGAACAUCUUUGCACUCUAAAUACAUUAGGCAACAUAAACAGACAACAGAGUUACAUCAACUCACGGUGCAGCAUAAUGGGUUGCAGGCGUAGAGGCUUGGGUUUUUCUGUUUGUUUUCGGUUCAUCCCUUAGCCAACUACUUAUACUUUGGGAGAUGUGUGUGUUUUUACAGAACUUAAGCAUCCCCCAAUUCCCAGCUCGCUCGCUCACACACACACACACACACACACACACACACACACACACACACACACACACACACACACACACACACACACACACACACACACACACACACACCACAGGUUGGCACAGUGUAGUCUGAUUGAAGUUGCAGUCUGUUAGAUGUUUAUGAAAAAGCACAAGAGUGUCCUCCGCAGACAGACCGUUAGACAGGAGUGUCUGUUGAGUGCCUCACAUCUCAGGGGCUGUCAUCACCGAUGCUUGUUGUAAUCUUUCAAUCUUGUCACUGUUCCGUUCUCUGUUCUCUUUUUUUUUAUUUAUUAUUAUCUAAAGUGCUAUAUCAAACAAUGACAUUUUAAAGGAUAAAAAACAACUUGUAGUUUCUUUGCAUUUUGGCUUAUUAUGUCUAGUUUUGGGGGGUAAUGUUUGUUUUCUCUCUCUUUCUGUGCCGUAAAGAGCUUGUUGUCUGUAGAUUAAUAUAAUUUUGUUUGAUUCUAAAGGAUUUCAAUAGUUUUAAGUAUUGUCUUGAGAGAAGCCAAAGUCAAUGCAUUUCAGUGGAUUCUGUAAGCGUAUUGUAUGUUUGUUUGACAACACUUCGAAAUCUGUCAUUGGAUGGGAUUGGAAAAGUACAAAAAAAAUGCAGGCUUUCCUAUUUCUACAAAUGAUUGUACUUAUGCAUUUUGUACCAGUGAAACUUUUUAUACUGGAGAUUAAAGGAAACAAAAAAAACUAUUAGAAAAACAAACCUGUCUGGCCUCAUGAUGUGGCCUGACCUUUGUUGACUGGUUCCCCGAGUAUGAUUUAUAGCUGGCAUCAAGAACGUUGUCUUUUAAUAUACGAUUUUCUAGAAGAACUUUGGCUUGGUUUCUUUAAUUAAUUAACUUCUUAUUUUUCCGUACUUCAGUGUUGUUCUUUUCGCAAAGAGGAGUUAGGCGAGUGUUGGUUUCUUUUUGGCUUAUAAAUAGUUAUAGCCGUUUGUCUAUACAAAAAAAAAAAAACGGUAAGUUUCAUUUAACUUCUGUAUUGUGACGUCUACAUGAUAAGACAAUUAGGAAUAUAAAUAUUUAGUCACCUUCAGUGGAUUAAUGUAUUAGUUUCAUUAAAAAAAGAUGCUAAUUAGAGGUUUUUGCUUUUAACUGUUGAGAUUUUUCUGGUUUCUCUGUCCCCUGUGAACUAACUGUGUAGCUGAAGCAGUCAGAAUUAUUUUUGUAAACGUAUGUUCUUGUGUGAUGCAGUUACUUGCUUCUGUCUCCGAUAUUAAACCAUUUUUCCUAAUA